UUUAUCCACCCUGUCCCACUCUGGGUAAGAGGAAACCCUAAACUGCUCAGGCUUAACCAGCUUUAGCCUCUCUCUUUUCCUUUCCCUCUCUUUUCACUCCCACCCAUCGGACGUGUGCGCGCUCAGGAUGAGAAUGGCAGCAUCAUCUGCAAAGAGACCAGAACAGCCCUGCAAAAUGUUGGCUUUUGCUUUGCUACUCAUCGCCUCACUUUUAAAUGCAGGAGUCGUGGCACAGGAUGAGGAAGUUGUCACAGCAACUGCGACAUCUGUGGAGACAGAUGCAUAUGUAGGAGGAGACAUGAUUCCAAAGACAACUGAAGCUCCUGAGCCAGAGGAUCCACAGGAACAAAUCUUGGUUUUCCCUACUAUGGAAUCUGUAGAACCGCAUGAACAGACUACAGCAGCAACAGCUACAGAGGAAACGGAAGAGACAGGAGACGUACACAAUGAAAACAGCAGCCCUGCAGCUCCAGAGGAGGCAGCGGAAGAGGGAACUCAGUUCACAGUCGUGGCACAUAGCGUCAUACCCUUCAUAGUGGAAGCAGAAACCCCAGCACCUAUGCCUUCCAGAGGCGAUGGCCCCAGGAACAAGCCAGUGCCAGUGCCCGUGCCCGUUCCAGUGCCAGUGCCACAGGAUGAUGUUGUCUGUGUCCCCAAAGAGACGGUCCAGGACAAAAACGCUGUCAGUCUGAAACUCAAAGCCACCUCCAGCUGUGAAGACACCAAAGUGAAGUUUGAAAGUGUUCUGCAGGAGCUGUGUGGUGAAGACUGUAAACUAGAGAUCUACCAGGCAGACAACUCUGAUGAAAUCAUUGUGUCCGGAAAGUAUGUUGAAGCUGAUGUUGCAGGCAUGGCUAACAAGUUCAACAAUGACAACAUCAAAGAUAAGACUGAUGUGGAGGAAGCUGUUCCUCGCUGGGGAAAGAACUCUAAGUUGGUACUGGUUACCUUGCUACUAACUGGCCUGUUGCUGGCUGCACUGCUGGUAGCCGGUUAUUACCUCAAGACCCACCGCAAGAACUCAAAAGGAGUGAGACUGGCGGAGUCUUUCCAGGUGGAUGAGGAGAACCAAGCUAAUACACUGGUGUCUGUGGCCCCCCUGCCCCAGGAGCCCCUUGACAAGCUCACUGCCAAUGGAGAGUCUCCACCAGAAAAUGGGACCAAUCCCGCCCCCACCACUAACGGACACUCCCAGACCCAGACCCCUGUGGCUGACACUGAAAUGUGAAUCAUGACACCCACCCACCUCCUCUUCUAACCAUCACCCACUGGGACACACAAUCCACAAGCCCCUCUGCUGCCUCAAAGACUGUCCACACACUGAGACAAACUAAACAUGAAUCCACCCAAUAAGUUCAUCUCCCCUCCUACUCUCCUCUUCUCCUUCCGGGACAAUGAUGACGACAAUGAUGAAGCUCAUCACUAUGACGAUAAUGACAAUGCCUGUAAUGUGAAAAGCUUGGGAUGACUGGCCUUUGCUGGUGUCAAGAGGAGACUACAGACGCUGUGUUUGGGACUGAGACUGAUCAGCAGGGCCCUGACUGGGAUUUGUUAGCUGCCCUCACUUCAGUCUAGUAGAAAUCAUUGUAGAAUCACCAAAAUAAUGCCAAAUAUGUGCUGUUGAUCCAUGACGAAGAAGCAGAGGAUGCUCUAUUAUUUCAAUCCACUUCUGUGGGGCAAUGAAACCAAUGAAGCCAGGCAGGUGAAAGGAGACCAGUUUCUGUGCUGUUGUAAAAAGGACUGAUGCUCACUGCUUGAUUGUUUUUUCUCUAUGUGAUUCAGGAAAUGUUUUUUUUUUGUAACUUUACUAUUUGCCUUAACUUCGUUAGACCUAUAAAGUGUGAGAUGGGCAAAAAUAAGUGAAAAAUAAGAGAUACCCAAGUUUGAAUUUAUUGAAAGUUGGCUAUAUUUCUCAUAAAUUGUCAAACUGUAAUAAAAAUCUUACCAGUGCUAACAUCUGUCGUAGAAAAAAAAUAGAAACCAGUAUUAGCAACAUACAAAAAUAGUUAGAUAGCAAGCAGCAAGAUUGAUCUUUGGUUUUACUGAAUAACAUAAUGAACAACUAAACCUUGAUAACUACUGACCUUUGGUCAAAGUUUAAUAAGGAAAGGUUUUUGUGUUGUGUGCAGUGAUUUUCAUAAUGACAUAAUGUACAGUUUUUUUUUUUUUUAAAGCAACUUCAAAUUUUUCAUAUUGUUUCCACUGUCUUUGGGAAUUUCAAGUUUCAAGGCUGGUAAAUAAAAUCUCUACCAUGAAAUUCCAACACAACAUGUGGCACGUUCAGCAUUCCAAAGACUGCCUUUAUCU